AUGGCGAUCCUCGGAGUGCAGCUGGUGGUGACCCUGCUCACGGCCACGCUCAUGCACAGGCUGGCGCCGCACUGCUCCUUUGCCCGCUGGCUGCUCUGCAAUGGCAGUCUCUUCCGCUACAAGCACCCCUCGGAGGAGGAGCUGCGGGCCCUGGCCGGGAAGCAGAGGCCCAGAGGCCGGCGGGAGCGGUGGGCCAACGGCUGUGGUGAAGAGAAGACGCUGUGUGUCCCCCGCGAUGCCCCUUUCCAGCUGGAGACCUGCCCCCUCACAGCCGUGGACGCCCUCGUCCUGCGCUUCUUCCUAGAGUACCAGUGGUUCGUGGACUUCGCCGUGUACUCGGGAGGCGUGUACCUCUUCACAGAGGCCUACUACUACGUGCUGGGCCCGGCGCGGGAGACCAACAUGGCUGUGUUCUGGUGCCUGCUCACCGUUGCCUUCUCCAUGAAGAUGUUCCUGACAGUGACUCGGCUGUACUUCAGCGCCGAGGAGGGGGGCGAGCGCUCUGUCUGCCUCACCUUCGCCUUCCUCUUCCUGCUGCUGGCCAUGCUGGUGCAGGUGGUGCCCGAGGAGACCCUGGAGCUGGGCCUGGAGCCAGGCCUGGCCAGCAUGAUCCAGACCUUGGAGCCACUUCUGAAGACGCAGGGCUGGGACUGGAUGGUUCCUCUGGUCAAGCUGGCCAUCCGUGUGGGGCUUUCGGUCCUAGGCUCCCUGCUGGGCGCCUUCCUCACCUUCCCGGGCCUGCGGCUGGCCCAGACCCACCGAGACGCACUGACCAUGUCAGAAGACCGGCCCCUGCUGCAGUUUCUCCUGCACACCAGCUUCCUGUCCCCGCUGUUCAUCCUGUGGCUCUGGACCAAGCCUAUUGCCCGGAACUUCCUGCACCAAGAGCCCUCCGGGGGCACAUCCUUCUUCCUACUGUCGGACUCAGCCUUUGACUCGCUGCGCCUCUGGGUGCUGGUGGCACUGUGCCUCCUGCGGCUGGCAGUCACCCGGCCCCACCUGCAAGCCUACCUCUGCCUGGCCAAGGCCCGCGUGGAGCAGCUGAGGCGGGAGGCUGGCCGCAUCGAGGCCUGCGAGAUCCAGCGGCGGGUGGUGCGGGUCUACUGUUACCUGACGGUCGUGAGCCUGCAGUACCUGACGCCACUCAUCCUCACCCUCAACUGCACGCUUCUGCUCAAGACGCUGGGCGGCUACUCUUGGGGCCUGGGCCAGGCCCUCCCCCCAUCCCCAGUCCUGGCAGCAGCCCGAGACGCUCCCGUGGGCCCCCCGGAGGAUGAGGCCCAGCAGGCGGCAGCCCGGAUCGCCGGGGCCCUGGGCGGUCUGCUCACACCCCUCUUCCUCCGUGGUGCCCUGGCCUUCCUCAUCUGGUGGACGGCGGCCUGCCAGCUGCUCUCCAGCCUCUUCGGCCUCUACUUCCAUCAGCACCUGGCAGGCUCCUAG